AUGAAUUCUCCUUUUCGCUAUGUUUCAGUGGUUGACGCUUUCGACCCCAGCAAACGCAAGGGCCUGGAGAAGGCGCUCCACCAGAUAGAACAGGCAAUCAAGCGACCAAGGGCUGAUGCCUCGGGGUCUGAUGCCACAGACAAAGUUAUCUCAAGUCUGCAAUCUCUCCUGGACAUGGCUCAGGGGCAUUCUCUACAAAACGAGGCCAGUUACCUAUCAGAUGGCCCUGAACGCCACCAUGGCCCCUUGUCGUCGCCGGAAAAUAGUAUGGAAGAUAAUCUAGCAUUAGACGACGCGGAGAAUCCCCUGCAGCUACUUGCUCGUGCUUCUGAUCUCCAACUGUCACCACCUGGAACAUGUGGCAAUGCAGCGAAUUUGCCCCUACCCUCAGUAUCACCAUCGAGGACCACAAUCGGUCAUCUCCAGCGUGACUACUCCGGAGCGAAAUCCUUUUUCGCUCCUGUCAAAGCGCACCUGGAUACUGGACCUGAUCUUGAUCCGAUGGAGGUUGGAUUGGUCACAUUAGAUGAGACAGAGGCCCUCUUCUCCUUCUUCUACCAGAACCUCGCACACACUCGAUGGGGUCUGGAUCCUUUAGUUCAUACGAUAGCCUUUGUACGAAGCCAGUCCGCCUUUCUCUUCACGUCAAUCUUAGCGGCCUCGGCCUUGUUUGUGACUUCUGCUGCUGCGUUGUCCAAAAGACUGUCCAAACAUUGCAGGUUCCUAGCCCAAUAUGUAAUCUCGCAACGCCGCAGGUCUAUUGAAAUUGUCUUAGCCUUUAUGGUCAAUGUUCCAUGGAUGCCUCCAGGGAAUUACUUGGGUGAUGACGACACUUGCUCCUAUAUAGCAAUGGCCUUGACCAUUGCACUGGACUUGUCUUUGAACAAGAUUGUAACUCCUUCAUCGUUCUUGGACGGUGGCAUUCUGAAACGGCUUGCCAGGGCUGACUGUAUCGACGCAAAGAGAGUCCUUCAUAUGGAUGGAUUUGUUGACGUUGAUUCAGACUCCGAAUGGGGCCGGCGAUUAAUACGAAGGCGUGAAAGGGCCUGGAUUGCUCUUUUCGUCGUUGAACGAGGUGUCUGCUUAGCCCGUGGGAGAAGCUAUACGGUUCCACGGACUGCCCUUAUUGAUAAUUGCGACAGGUGGCACAUCUCAGAUAUCGCAGAUCCCCGCGAUGGCCCUAUGACUUCAAUGGCUGUUCUGCGAAGGGACUUGGAUGGCCUGUUGGAAAAUAUCAAAUCAAGAUGUGACAGUUAUCAGGUUACAACUCCUGGUUCAGAGGCAGCUCAGUUGAUUAAGUCCACCAUUGAAAGAUUUUAUGAUCAAUGGUAUGCAACAUGGCCGUUGGCGAUUGGAGAAGGCUCAUCUCAUAUGCUCCCUCCAUAUGUUGAAAUCUUGGUCAUACACACCAAGCUGUCAACCUAUAGUGGCGUCAUCAACCAUCCCACAGCGCCACUGGAAGUCAAGCGCUUCUUUCAUGCUGCCGGUCUCUCUUCUGCCCUUAAUGUCAUGAGGGCUGCCAUACAAGGGGAAUCACAGCUAAAAUCUAUGCCCAACAAUACAGUAAUUAUGAUCUCGUUUGCUGCAUGCUCUGCCCUCAGCCUCGCUGCAACCCCAGCCGAUAGCAGGUCCAACUUGGCACCAAGUAUUCAAAACUUAAUUGAAGAAACGGCAGGUGUUCUUGAGAGAAUUGGAGCCACACCAAGUCACCGAAAUGGUGCAUCUGUUCUCUAUGGGAGAUUCCUACGAAUGCUUAUCCGACGCAGCUUUCCUCAAACCCAGACUGAGCCUGGUCCACAAAGAAUAGCGCAAUCUGGGUCUUUGCAUGACCCUUUGGCCAUGGAUAGAUACAAUCGUUCUAUCACAGUAUCUGAGUCGCAAUAUUCCCCUGAUUCAUUCUGGACAGAGCCAUUGCACUUCUCUGCAAUGUCCGACCACCAAAUUGUCGAUGCUGUGAACAGAGUGAAUAGAGCUGGAACAGCAUUUGGGCGGCCCAUUCCAGACAUCCAGCUGGAUAAUAUCAUGAACUGGGACUGGCUUGAUUUGCCCAAUGUUACAGAGUUCGGUUUCUAG